AUGAGCUCUCCCGUCCGUCGCCCGUCCUUCAGCUCCAACGAUGAUGCCCACUACCACUAUCCGCUAAGCACCCACUCUGGAACGCUGGCAUCGCUCAUCCGGAGCCAGUCCCAGCAGAGUCUCACCGGCCUCUGGCGGUCUCCGGUCUCGAGGAAUGCCUCGGAUGACGAGGAGUCUGGAUCUGCGUGGGGCUUAUGGAGGUUGCGCCACGAGAACGAAGGCAUUGAGCACCUUCUGCAAGAUGAGGCGCGAUUAAGCCGGAUUCUCAAGGGCCCUCAGGCGAGGAGUAGGAAUCUUCUUGGGAAGAGCAAUCCUCGAUAUUGCUGGGAGCGCUAUUGGAAGCACGAUGAUCAACUCCUGGCCAUGAAGAAGCCCAUCCGCAAAUACUAUGAGCGGACAAAUGAGCUCAUCCAGCAGUACAUGUACAUCGACUGUCUGCUGGACUCGUCGAUUCCUCAUGACCUGCUCAAUGAGUACUCGGCAGAGCUCGAAGCAUCUGCCUUUCACCCCAUUGAUGUCCCCGCCACAAUCAAUGAGGAACCACAGUGCUCCUCAACUUCUCCCUCUCCGCCAAUGGCUAUCAGUCGUUUAGGUACUGGAUCAUACAGUUCCAUAAUGCCGAAUCCAGACCAGAGCAUCAACAAUAGAAGUACGACCCUGAGCUCCAACUAUCACAAGCCAGCAUCCCCCUCACCAAAGCGCACUCCAAAGGACAUAUUUCGUUCUUCCGAAAGCAUCCCUCUACUUCAGGAUGAGGAAGAUGGCGAUAAUGAACCGACGUCAGCCAUAACAAGGUCCGAGACAGGUCCGAGGCCAUAUCUCUCCUGGCUCGAGGACGCCGAGGUAGAGAAUGACGACCCCAUUGUCACCCUCGCCAUCUGGGUCAACAUGAUUGCCAACGCAAUACUGCUUGGCGGAAAGAUUAUUGUCAUCAUCUCCGUGCCGUCCAUGUCUAUUCUUGCCAGUCUUGUCGAUGCUAUGCUUGACUUUCUCAGUACUGCCAUUAUCUGGACCACCUCCCUUCUUAUUUCGUCGAGCCAACAAGAUCAGUAUCGCUAUCCUGUUGGUCGACGUCGCUUGGAGCCUGUUGGAGUUCUUGUCUUCUCCAUUAUCAUGAUAACCUCAUUUGUUCAAGUUGGACUUGAAUGUGUUCAGCGAUUAGCAAGUCCUAAGCAAGAGAUCCUCGAGCUUGGUUUGCCAGCCAUCAUCAUCAUGGUAACGACAAUUGUCAUUAAAGGAGCCGUGUGGAUUUGGUGUCGCUUGGUCAAGAACUCCAGUCCCGACGAGCGAAACCUCCUGUUGUACCUGACAAUGCGUUUCGUCACAGCUAUUCGCCAGAUCCAGAACCUUCGUGCCUACCACGCUGGUGACAAGCUCUUCGUCGAAGUCGACAUUGUCCUGUCUGCUGUCACGCCCCUCAAGGAUAGCCAUGACCUCAGCGAGGUCUUGACUUACUUCCUCGAAUCAGUGCCCAUCCUGGAUAGAACUUUUGUUCACGUUGAUUAUACCAGUUACAACGCGCCUACGCACAUACCGAAGCAGACGUCCACAUAG